AUGACGAAAUGCUUUACCUUGAAGGCUACAUUUUUUCUUCUCUUAAGCUUCCUGAAUCGUAUCUCUGGCCAGAUCGCCUAUACAGUGUCAGAGGAGGUGAACAAGGGAACAUUUGUUGGAAAUAUUGCCAAGGAUCUAAGCAUAAACGUUCAGGAAUUAGAGUCGCGGAUGUUUCAUAUUGUGUCAACAGCCGGGAGAAAAUAUUUUGAAGUAAAUGUUAAGACGGGAGUUUUAUUUGUCAACGAGAGACUUGAUCGAGAGGAGCUCUGCCCUUCUUCUACACGGUGCUCAGUGCAUUUAGAAGCCAUAGUCAACAAUCCGUUGAACCUAUACCGCAUUGAGGUGACCAUUUUAGAUGUUAAUGAUAAUGCUCCUUCUUUUCGCGUCAAAUCGAAGGAGUUUAAUAUAUCGGAAUUAGCAUUUGAAGGCGACCGAUUUCAGUUGCCUCGAGCCUCGGAUCCCGAUGUAGGGCUGAACUCGAUAAAGAGCUACAAACUCAGUCCGAAUGAUCAUUUCUCUCUUGAUAUUCAAAACGGGGCAGACCAGAGUGUGUCCGCUGAGUUAGUGCUACAGAAAGCUUUAGACCGAGAGAGACAGCGAGUUAUCCCACUUACACUGACAGCUGUAGACGGAGGAAAACCUCCCAGGUCGGGGUCAUUACAAAUUAUUGUAAAUGUUCAGGAUGGUAACGAUAAUGCCCCUGUAUUCAGCAAAUCUCUUUAUAAAGCGCAAGUUAGUGAGAAUGCACCCGUUGGUACAGAGGUAUUAAAACUAAAUGCGACUGAUUCAGACGAGGGUUUGAAUAGCCAUAUAGUAUACUCAUUGAUACAUCAGGAUAAUGAGGACAAAACUAACGCUGUAUUUAAAAUUGAUCCGGAUACUGGCGAGAUCACUGUGCAAGGGAUUAUAGAUUUUGAAGAAAAUAACGCCUUUGAGAUUCAUGCGCAAGCCAGAGACAAAGGGUUGACCCCGCGCACAACUCACUGUAAAGUGUUAGUCGAGGUAAUAGACAUGAACGAUAAUGCGCCGGAAAUAUCUCUUACAUCACAGGUAAAUACUGUCAGUGAAGAUGCCAAGAAGGGUAUUACAGUCGCUUUGAUAACGAUUUCAGACAAAGAUGCAGGCAAAAAUGGAAAUGCGCACGGCAAACUGGCAGGUGAGGUCCCGUUUAAACUGCAGUCUUCUUAUAAGAAUUAUUAUUCUAUUGUAGUGGACGGCUCUUUGGACAGGGAACGUGUAGCUCAGUAUAAUGUCACGAUAGUCGCGACAGACGAAGGUUUCCCGCCUCUCUCCAGCACCCGAGUCUUUACAGUACAUGUUUCAGACGUAAACGAUAAUGCGCCAUAUUUCUCAGAGCCAGUUGUUAACGUUUAUGUGAAAGAAAAUGGUCCGAGUGGGCAGGUGAUUUAUACUUUGCUGGCUAAGGAUCCAGACUUGAAUGAAAAUUCAAAAAUUACAUAUGCGCUUUUGGAACCAUCCCUUAAAAGCAUAGUGAAUGUAAACCCUGAUGAUGGAGACAUAUACGCUCUCCAGUCGUUUAACUAUGAGGAAAUGAAAAGAGUUGAGUUUAAAGUUCAGGCCACAGACUCCGGUGUUCCUCCACUGAGCAGCAACGUGUCUGUGAACGUUUUUGUCCUAGAUGAGAAUGACAACAGUCCGCGGAUUCUCCCGCCCUAUUCAGAGCACGGUUCACUUAACACUGAAAACAUUCCAUAUUCUGCCGAGGCAGGCUACUUUGUGGCCAAGAUCAGAGCUGUAGAUGCCGACUCAGGUUAUAAUGCACUGCUUUCUUUUCACAUUUCGGAACCGAAAGGAAAUAACCUUUUCCGAAUCGGAACGAGCAACGGUGAAAUAAGGACUAAGAGGCGAAUGAGUGACAAUGAUUUGAAAACUCAUCCUCUGGUAGUUUUAGUUAGUGAUAACGGGGAGCCCUCACUUUCAGCAACUGUGUCAAUUGAUGUUGUUGUUGUUGAGAGCACAGGUGACACUCAGACUCCAUUCAGACACGCACCGAUAAAUGAGGAGAGUUUUUCUGAUUUAAAUCUGUAUUUGCUGAUCGCCAUUGUGUCAGUGUCUGUGAUCUUUUUGCUGAGUCUCAUCGGUUUAAUUGCUGCAAAAUGCCACAGAAAAGAAAGCUUCAGCAGGUACACCGCCCCAAUGAUCACCACACACCCUGACGGAAGCUGGUCUUACUCCAAAGCUACUCAACAGUAUGACGUGUGUUUUAGCUCCGACACACUUAAAAGUGACGUAAUGGUUUUCCCCGCACCAUUUCCGCCUGUAGAUGCGGAACUGAUCAGUAUUAAUGGAGGAGAUACUUUUAACCGGACACAAACACUCCCGAAUAAAGAAAAGAUUAAAGAGGAAAGGAAUCUGUCGGGAUGGGACUUGGCCGCAUUUCUAGAGAUGUUUCUUUAA